UUUACAUUAAUAAUUUAAGAAUUAUAAUUCAAAGAUGAGAAGACUUCUCGAAAGGGUUACAGGAAAAGAGAAUAAUAACAAUGUUAAUUAAGAGUAGAAUGAAAAACAUCAAGAUGAUAAAAUAUCCUUGACUGAUAUAAUAGAAUAGGAAGCUAAUUAUGAAAUUGAUGAAGAUGAUAAACUUUACUAUAAAGAUGUUUUAAAGUUUGAAGCUUAAAAAGCAAAACUUUGGACUAAGCCUGAUUUUUAAUCUCAUUUGUUAGUUUAUACAAAGUUAAAAUAUAAUAAAGAAUUAACUACAGAAAAAUUGUCUUCUUAUAGGGUUUAUAAGUAUUUAUAAUUUCAAAUUUUAAAGGAAGCUUUAUAAUGAUAAUAUUAAAAACAGUAAGGAUUUAUCUAUUUAUGAAAAAGUCCUUUUCCAUCCAGAUUUAACAUAAAUUGAUUAUGAAUAUAUAUAAGAGGAAAAUAGAAAAGUAGUAAGAAACGUAAUUUUUAUAACUUUAAAAUAGGCUGGAAUAAUUGAAAUAUCAGCAAUCGGAGGAUUAGGAUUUUGUUAUUUCAAAACAAAUCUGAAAAAUAAAAAAGGAUUUUAUGGAGUCUUCAUGCUAGCUCCAGCAUUUGUGCUUUAUGGAGCAUACACAUUUGAGAAAUAUCGAUUUUAAAGAAAACUUUAUAAUGUUGAAUUAGAUAAAAAAUACAAUAUCCCAUUAUGAGUGAUUAUAAAAAAUAAAUUAAAA